AUGGUUUUUGUAACUCAAAGAUCGUGUUCCAUCCUUGUGACCUUCAUUCUGAAUUUUUUCUCAUGUCUCUGUGUAGCAAACUCUGGACAAUAUCAUAGCAGCCAUUUGAAGUUUGGGAAACAAUCACAAGUAAAAAGUUGUAAUGUUUAUGAAGGGACUUGGGUGUUUGACGAUUCAUACCCUCUAUAUAACUCUUCAGCCUGCCCCAAUAUCCGCAAGGAAUUUGAUUGCAAUUAUUAUGGUCGACCUGAUAGUCUCUACCUCAAAUAUAGAUGGCAGCCCAAGGAAUGUGACAUACCCAGAUUUGAUGGUCAAGAUUUUUUACAGAGAUUAAAGGGGAAGAAAAUUAUGUUUGUAGGGGACUCCAUUAGUGUCAACCAGAGGGAAUCACUAGUAUGUUUGCUUCACGCUGCUGUGCCUGAUUCCAAAAUCAUAGAGGAGAGCAAUCCCCUGUAUUCUAAUACAACAUUCGAGGACUAUGGAGUUUCAGUUCUACUAUUUUUAACUCACUACUUAGUGGACAUCGAAGAAGAACAAAUUGGUCGAGUGUUAAAGCUCGAUUCUCUGAAAAAUGGCAACAUAUGGAAAGAUAUGGAUGUUCUGGUUUUCAACACUUGGCUUUGGUGGUACCGUAGUGGACCUGCACAACCAUGGGAUUAUAUUGAAGAUGGUGGCAAGGUUCUCAAGGACAUGGAUCGUAUGGAUGCUUUUCGCAAGGCUUUGACAACUUGGGCCAGGUGGGUUGAUACAAAUGUGGAUCCAGGAAAAACUAAAGUCUUUUUUCAAGGAAUUAGUCCACAACAUUACAAUGGCACUGAUUGGAAUGAGCCAGGAGUGACAAACUGCGCAAAGGAGACAACACCCAUAAACGGGUCAACUUACCCAAGUGGUUUGCCAACAGCAGAAUAUGUAGUGAAGGAUGUCCUAAGUAAAAUAGAGAAACCUGUUCAGUUGUUUGACAUAACCACUCUCUCGCAACUAAGAAAAGAUGCACAUCCUAGCUCUUAUAAUGCAUUCAAGGGCAUGGAUUGCACCCAUUGGUGUGUUGCAGGGCUUCUAGACACCUGGAAUCAACUUCUGUAUGUAGCUCUCACUAAUGAAAGAUGUUAGAUCUAGAAAAACAAUGAACAAGUGUAGCCAUGUUAGCUGAAAAGUCAAGUAUUCUCCAAUAAAAGGAUAUAUUUGUAGUUGAAUCAUGUAGAAACAUGUCUACAUGGUAUCAUUAUUAAUUUGAAAAAAAAAAAAUCACAAUGCUAAAUGGCAAGUUACCUAUUGACAUGAUUCAUGAACACAA